AUGGCACGCCAGGGCAAUGUAAAAACGGCCUCCUCAGGCUCGGCCGCGGCGAUGGGCUCAUCCUCCACGGAUCCCACGUCCGCACCCUCCCCGCGCGACCGCAUUAUGACGCACAUGAACCGCGACCACCAGCGCGAGCUCUCCCUUUACCUGCGCCACUACGCUGGCCUCAGCCGCUCCGCCGCCUCGUCGCCGUGGCUCAAGGACUGUACCUUCGAAGGCAUGACCAUCGCGGCUGGCGGGCUCGGCGGCAAGGAGUUCUUCAUCGAAUUCAAGCCGGCCCUCACGGCGUGGGAGGACGUGCGGCCCGCCGUCGUGGAGAUGGCGCGCGCGUCGCAGCAGGCGCUGGGGUACAGCGACAUCACCGUCGGGCACUUUGCGCCGCCGCAGGGCUUUGACGUGGUUGUGUUUGGGGCCGUUGCGUUCUACUUUGUCUGCUGGCUCACGCUUGGGUUUGUGCUGCCCGGCACGCCGAUCUGGUCCUUCCUCCAGACCGCGUUCCCCGGCGGCCCAAGGUUCUAUCGGUGGUUGGUCAAGGCCAUAUUUCUGCCCGUCUUGGGAAUCCACCUGAGCGAGUGCUAUUGGUUCCACCGCACGAGGCUUCACAGGCACGGCAUCGAGUUUGGAACGGGCUUGUGGUGGACGUGGAUCGGAAGUCUGUUCUUUGAGGGACUUCCUGGCUUCUGGAGGUUCGAUGGCAUUGUCGCGGCCAAGAGGCAGGAGAAGGAGAGCAAGAGCCACUGA